CCAAACGGGUUGGGCAGCAUUCACUUGGCGGUGCUGUCCCCGGCUGCUCAGUCAUUAGAAGAUGCCAGGGUGGCAGGUGCUCUGACAGCGGCUGGAGGAGAUCGAGCUGGCUGCCCAGCACCUCUGGCUGCCUCCGAUCCAUCGGCUCUGUAGAAGCCCCCCGGGGAGAAGGAAGGCAGAUGCUGCUUUGGCUGGUCCCGGCCCAAACUUGGCUCUCGGUGACUUUUGGCCAUUUCCAAUUUACCAGACGUAUCCUCAAAGGAUGAAUAUCUGCCUUCACCAAGGUUAAGCAGAAGGUUCUCUCACUGCCCCAGGCAGCCCCAGAUGAAGAAUCUGAAGAAUGACCGAGCUGUGGUGGGCGGAGGAAUGAGCCCACAGCUUCCUGAGCUAACCACUCGGAGGGCCAGCAGGCAUUUGGAUGUCUAAGUCCUGCCUUCUCCGGGCAGCCAUGUCAGAAGGGGAGAGCAAGGACAGCUCGGGCAGCGAAUGCCCCGUGUGCUACGAGAAGUUCCGGGACCUAGACGGCGCCAGCCGGACGCUGAGCUGCGGCCACGUGUUCUGCCAUGACUGCCUCGUCAAGUACCUGCUGUCCACCCGAGUGGACGGGCAGGUGCAGAGGACUAUCGUCUGCCCCAUCUGCCGCUACGUCACCUUCCUCAGCAAGAAGAGCUCCCGCUGGCCCUCCAUGCUGGACAAGAGCUCACAGACCCUGGCCGUGCCUGUGGGCCUGCCCUCGGUGCUCCCACCAGACAGUCUGGGCCACACUAACCCCCUGGCCAUCUCCCAGCCGGUCUGGAGACACAACCCUAGCCAGGCGAGACUGCCGGGCAGCCCGGGGCAGGGGGCCCAGCUGCCUUUGGACCUGCUGCCCAGCCUGCCCCGGGAGUCACAGAUCUUCGUCAUCAGCCGCCACGGGAUGCCGCUGGGGGAGCAGGACAGCGUGCUGCCACGGCGCAGCCUGGCCGAGCUCUCAGAGGCCUCUCCGGCACCCAGCUCCACACGCUCUUUCUGCUGCCGCUCCCGGGCCCUCCUGCUCAUCACCCUCAUUGCCGUGGUGGCCGUGGUGGCCGCCAUCCUGCCUUGGGUGCUGCUGGUGAGGAAGCAGGCAUGAGCGGUGGCACAUGCAGGGACAGCCAAGCUGCUCAGGAAGCUGCCAGCUCCAUGGCUGGGAUGGAUGUGGCUUGGGAGGGGGCAGAAGGGGCCUCCAGCAGACCCAGUAUAGGAAGCUCUGAAGGGUGGACAGGAUCUGGGAGGAGAGGGAGUGGAGAUGGGAUUGGAUUGGAAUUGUGAUGGUUCUCUCCGUGAGGGGCUUCCCAUCCCAGCAAGGGCUAAGGCAUGACAGGGAGGUAGGCGGGGCUGAGCCGCGGCCCUCUGUGUGUCUCCUCCCCUCCUGUAGGCUGGAACUGACCAGGCUGGGAGGUGGUGGAUCACUGCUCUCUGGCAGGGUCACCUGAGGCAUAGACCUCACCUGCCCGGUGACUUACUGGCAGCCAGGUGGGCCUCCCAGGCCAGACACAAGGAAGCUGUGCUGGCCAAGGUCCUGGCGCACACGGCCCACCAGCAGAACCUCCCUAGCUUGUCCCCAGAACAGACAGAAGGGGCGGUGCAGGGGCCCAGGCACACGAACCUCAUGGUACUCCAGCCCCAAGUCAUCCCUGUCUCCAACCUGCCAACCUGGAAGGCCUUCCCUAGAAAAAAGCUGGCGAGAGGUGCUGGCCCAGGAUUUCUGGGGAAAGGCUGUAGAAAAUCUUCCCUGAGAGCUGAAGCCACGUCAGAAACCAGGGCUUGGAGUGGCCCAGACAGAACCAGGGGUUCCCCUAGGCACGAAGAUGGGGUCUAGAUUUUGAGUCCUGGGUUCUUAAAGCUGCACAGGAAGGCAGGAAGAGGUGGGGAAGCCUGACAGGUGAGACUUGAGUCAGCUGAGAACUAUGUGGGCAAAUUAACCCCUGGGGGCUCCAGCCUCCCUCCCAGCCCGGGCUCCUCCUCCCCAUGACCCAACCAUUCAUUAGAGGCCGCACCAGCUGGGCCAGUUUCCGAGGUGGAUUCUCAGGCUGGGCUGGGUGAGGAGGGUGGGGAAGGAAGGAGCUGGGCUUGUCAGGGACGCUGAAACCCAGGUGCUGUCAGCUGUGGGCCAAGGCCUCUUACCUGGGGAUGCCACGCUGGGGGCCCCACCCCGGAAAAGCCUUAGACCAGGUCUCACUUGAGGAGUGGGUCAUUUAGGGAGCAGCUACUGUUUAUGGAGGCCCAGUCAGUCCACCAAUGCCUUACAAUGGCAAACAAUCUUCCAGCCCAGCUCACACACAGGUGGAGGUCUGCUCCCCAGGUGUGCGGGCAGCUGAGCCUCCACCACCUGUACCCUCUUACCUAAUCCCUCUGUGCCUGCAGUGGUGGCCACUUGGGGAGCUCCAGGAAAUAGGGUCCACACUGCCGGGGCUCCUGGGUCAUGGGGAGGGCUGUUAAAGGGCUGAGGGGCUCUUUAGGCUCUUUUCCAGACUGGAGGACAGCCCAGGUGCUACAGGAGGGGAGGGGAUACAGGUGGGUUCCAUGGCGGCAGGGUGCGGCAGGGCAGGGGGAGGGGGAUAUUUAUUAUAGGAAUAAAAAUGUUAACUUCACAAAGACUUGAGUGAGUCCAUUUUAACCUUAUCCAGGCUGUUUAAGCAGGGUCCCAAGCUUCUGGGAACCCGAUUCUAGUCUUUUCUGGUUCUGUUGUUUUGCUGAGAGCUUCUUUCAAAAUUCCUGCUGUGUUUUUGUAUUGGUCAGCAGUGACUUGCAGGUGGAACUUCUUCUAUUUUCAAAGAAUGUUGAAACGAUUUUUUUUUAAAUAAAGGUAUAUAUUUUCUCAAAGA